UCUCGGCCUACAUCAUUGCUUUUUCCGCGGCGAGACAUACCGCUGAUUCCAUCGUUCCUGGAUGGCAUCCUCGUACUCCCCCAAUGGCAUGACCGAGGUCAUCGUCACCGGGCGCAACUCGUUGAAUGGUCGGGCCACCUCGUCCACAUCGACGUCGUCGUCGACAACUCACUACCUGCGCCGAGCACGCAAUUCCCACUCUGGAGUGGGCCACGACGUCGGGAUCGUAUCCACUGCUGGUUUCACCUACGACAGCAUCCUUGUCAUGGACAAGGUUGUUGUGAGCCACGGCACGGUGUACUACCUCUUGCAUGUGGCGUCGCAAGCGUACCCACUCGAGUCGUACACAAUUCGGCGCAGGUACAACGACUUCAAAACGUUCCACGCCGCUCUAUCUCGACACAUGACCCCCGAGCCAUUCUCGCUCUUCAAGAAUGGCCAGAACUCGACCCACUCACCGGCCAACUCGAUUGACGAAGACCGUGCGUUUUCGUUUUCGCCGUCGUCGCAUGGGCCGUGGCAAUAUCUUCCCACCGACCUCGCCUCGAUCGACAAGGAUGCGGCAGCGACAGAGACAGCUGCUUCUUCGUCUGUCGCUCCAGACGUGGACGACGACGGUGUUGUGUACUUGCCGCACAUGCCUCACGGCGGACUUUUGACCAUCAUGACGUCCAAGGAAUCGCUUGUCCGCAGCCGCAUCGCACAAUUCAAUCGCAUCCUGCAAGCCGCGCUCGACCACGCAUCGCUCGCUGUGGCGGAUGCAUUGAAAAACUUCAUCAAGGAAGCGCCCGGUGGACACGGGAGUCGCCCCGGUUCGUUUGUCGACCCGACGUCGCUGCCCUUGACGUCUGGUCCUCGCCGAAGCACCACGGCGUCUCCUCCGACGUCGUCACAGUACGUGUCGUUGCGCGAUUAUGUCGUUCCCGAGCUGUGCGUGAAACUCGAGCGCGAAGCUCGGCGGCGGACCGCGUCCACGAGUCGCUCGCGUGCGACAACAGACGACCUCUUGUUUAUCAGCCGAGACAGCACCGCAUCCACGACGUCUGGAACAACGCCCGCGUGUGUUGCAUAGCGAAUCGCUUUCACUAACUUAGAUAUAUAUAUAUUUGGUCGAGGCCAUGCGCGAUGCUGUCCCGACCAUCCUGGUUCCACAGUCGGUGGGUGCAG